AUGGAGCACUCGUCGCUGAAUCGCAUCAACAAGUUUGAUGGAACCAACUUCCACGCCUGGAAGUUCAAGAUGCAGAUGGUGCUCGAGGAGCGUGACCUGUGGGAGGUCGUCUCUGGGGAAGUGAAGAUUGGUGACUUGGCGAACACGAUGGACCAAGCGUCGUUCAAGAGGAAGUCUCGCAAGGCCAUGGCAGCUAUCUGCUUGGCUAUGGAAGAUUCGCAACUGCCGCUCGUCCGCUCUGCAAGUGAUGCGCAUAAUGCAUGGUCAAGACUUGAAGACCACUUCGAGAAGAAGAGCUUGGCGAAUAAGCUCUUCCUUCGUCGUCGUCUCUUCACAGUCACGAUGGAAGAAGGGGACGAUGUGAUGGAACACAUCAAUAAGGUAAAGACUCUGGCAGAGCAGCUCGAAGCAGUCGGCGCUCCGGUCAGUGCUGACGACCUGGUAAUCACGCUGCUUGGAAGUCUCAGCGAAUCGUACCAGUUCCUCAUCACUGCGUUGGAAUCGAGAGCUGAUACGUUGACGUGGGAGCUAGUGUCGUCUAGGCUUCUUCAUGAGGACAUGAAACGCAAGGAACAAAGUGGUAGCGUCGACGGAGCUACCCAUGGCCAAGCGUUUAUGACAAGAGACAACAAGCGCAACAAAGGGCGACCGGUGAAGAAGACUGGGGCGUGCCAUAAUUGCGGCAAAAUGGGUCAUUGGAUCGCGGAGUGUCCUUCGCGAGGCCAAGACAACACGGAACAAUACCGAUCGCAUCGCGCCAACGUCGCUCAGAACGACAAUGACGGCGACUAUCUAUUUUCGGUUAGCUGGAGUAAAAGCACCGACAACGCGGAUGAAGUGUGGCUGGUCGACUCAGGAGCGACGCAGCACAUGACGUGCUCCAAGAAGUUCAUGACAAACUACAAGCUCUUCUCUCCAAUUGACGUACACCUUGCAGACGAUGGUGUCGUGCAAGCAAUUGGAUGUGGUGACAUAAUGAUGUCAAUGAAGACCCCGAAGGGUAUCAAGAAGGGUGUACUGACGAAGGUGUGGCACAUUCCCAAGCUAUCCCGCAACCUUUUCUCGGUCGGUCGAUUUACUAAGGACGUCGGUCCUGUAACAUUCGACACGGAUGGCUGUUUUGCCGAAGCGAAUAGCAUGAAGUGGAAGAUCGGAGCUCGUGAGGGUAAAGGUCUCUUCAAGCUUCAAAUGACGCCACUUCUGGGAGAUGAAGCCAAUGCAGCCAAGUCGUCGGGAUGUUAUGGGGACACCAAGUCGUACCUCUGGCACCUUCGACUUGGUCAUUUGGGCCACGAUGGACUUGAUACCAUCGUGAAGAAGAAACUUGGUGUUGGAAUCAACAUAACGUCUGUCGAAGACUGGGAUGUUUGUGAUGGGUGUUCGCUUGGUAAGCAAACACGCGUGCGUUUUCAAUCGACAGCACCAAAACGCUCAACCAAGAUUCUGGAUGUCAUUCACAGCGACGUCUGUGGACCUAUGUCAAGAUUAACUUUUAGUGGUAAACGAUACUUCGUCACGUUCAUUGACGACAAGUCAAGAUACUGCGUGGUGUACCUUAUGAAGAAGAAGUCCGAAGUGACCACCAAGUUUGCUGAGUUUGUUGCUCUUGCCGAGACUCAAACUGGUAAUCGCGUCAAGACGCUAAUUUGUGACAACGGCGGCGAGUACACGGCUGGAGACAUGGCGAAGUUUUGUACCAAGAACGGUAUUGUUCGAAAGUACACGCCACCGUACACACCACAGCUGAAUGGGGUCGCGGAGCGAAUGAACCGGACGCUCGUGGAAUGUGCUCGUUGCAUGCUGGAGCACGCUGGAUUACCCAAGAAAUAUUGGGGCGAAGCUGUGACGACGGCAAUGUUUCUGCGAAACCGAUGCCCAACAAGAGCCAUAAGUGAAGAAAAGUCACCUUAUGAGGUCUGGACGAAGAAGAAGCCUGUACUGACAAACCUCAAGGUAUUUGGAUGUCAUGCGUACGUCCAUAUUCCGCACGAGAAACGCUCAAAAUUAGAUGCCAAGGCUUCACUAUGCCGUUUUUUGGGCUACGCGGAGCAUCUCAAGUCCUACCGCUUUGAGGACAUAUCAAGUGGGCGCGUCACCGUAAGUCGUGAUGCGCAGUUUAUGGAAGACGUCUUCGACGGUGGUAGAUCUGUCCAAGAACAAGCGGUCACUGAUCUCAACGAGGAAUUGAGUACGGACCAUGAAGAUACGGAUGACGCUAUGAAUGAAGAUGAAGACGUUGAGAACGUCCAAACGACAGACUUCGCGCCUGGCGACAAAAGACAUCCAAGAACACAAUCUCUUGAUCAAGCAACGGAAAUUCCGAGUUCGAAGCGACAAAACAUGUCGGCAAUUGCUGAAGGAGAUUUUGAGGCGGCAUUCGUUGUGGAUUCAGUGGGAGAAAUGCCGACCACGCACAGGUCGGCGAUGGAAUCCAUCAACUCUGUGAAAUGGGAAGAAGCGUGCGACUCCGAAAUCAACUCGCUGCUCAAGAACAAGACAUGGGAUCUUGUUCAGCUUCCCAAAGGUCGCAAAGCAAUCGGCUGCAGAUGGGUAUUUCGUGUCAAAGAAAACAAGGAUGGACAAAUUGAGCGGUUCAAGGCACGCCUGGUUGCAAAAGGAUUCUCGCAAAAGUUCGGUAUUGACUAUGAAGAAACAUUCGCGCCUGUGGCAAAGUUCACGUCAAUCCGAAUCGUACUAAGUCUUGCGGCGAAGUAUGAUCUUACCGUGCACCAGAUGGACGUCAAGACUGCUUUUCUCAAUGGUGAGCUGGACGAAGACAUUUACAUGAUUCAGCCUGAAGGUUACGUCAAGGACAGCAAUACCAACCUCGUGUGCAAGCUCAAUCGAUCGCUGUACGGACUGAAGCAAUCGCCGCGCAUGUGGAACAAGACCAUUGACGAGUUCAUGCUGAAGCUUGGUUUGAAGAAAUGUGAAUCGGACCACUGCAUCUACACGAAACGCGACGGUGAAGCCAUAAUCUUCGUCGCACUCUAUGUGGACGACUUGGUACUUGCAAGCAGCAGUGACAAGAUGCUCAAUACAGUAAAGGACGCCUUGAGUGAUCGAUUUGAGAUGACCAACUUGGGUAAGCUCAACUUCUUUCUUGGCAUGGAAAUCGAUCAAGAACGUGGAAAGGUAUCGAUGCGUCAGACCAAGUUUGCCAAGGACGUUUUGACUAAGUUUGGCAUGGACAACAGCAAUCCAGUCAAGACACCACAAGAUCCAGGACUCAAAUUGGCGAAGUCCAUGUGCGAGGAUGGGUGCAAUCACAGCGACACAAUGGCAAAUGUGCCCUACCGAAGUGCUGUUGGUUGCCUCAUGUACCUUAUGGUUGGCACGCGUCCCGACCUUGCCGCUGCAGUGGGAGUCCUCAGCCAAUUUGCAGCAGAUCCAUGUCCUACACAUUGGCAAGCGCUAAAGCGGGUAUUUCGGUACAUUCAAGGCACGAAGACCUACGGCAUCGAGUUCACGGCGGAUGGCGAUGCUCUUACAGGCUAUUCGGAUGCAGACUGGGCAGGCGACACUGAGUCGCGCCGAAGUACAAGUGGCUACGCGUUCAUGAUGAACGGCGGGUGUAUCAGUUGGAGAAGCAAGAAACAAAAAACGGUGGCGCUGUCUUCAACGGAAGCUGAGUACAUGGCACUAUCGGAAGCUACUCAAGAGGCAGUUUGGUUGAAGGCCUUCCUAUGCGAGCUUGGAGAAAUGGCAAAGGACGAAGCGGUCAAGAUCUACGAGGACAAUCAAGGUUCGAUAGCGUUGGCCAAGAAUCCCGAGUUUCACAAGCGCACCAAGCACAUCGACAUACGAUACCACUUCGUACGCGAGAAGGUGGAAGAUGGCCAAGUUGUGCUACAGUAUGUGUCAACACUUGACAUGCUGGCCGACCUCAUGACGAAGCCAAUUCCCGGCCCACAGUUCAGUACGCUCCGAAGCAAACUUGGCAUUAUGGCAUCAUCGGCUGUCGAGUCGAGUGGGAGUGUUGUCAAUAUGACUCCUCGACCAGCUGCGAUACUAUCGUCAUUCCAGUGA